AUGGCAAAAUUGAUGAUUCUCAAGGAAUUUAUGGGUGAUUGGAAGAUGGAGUUUGCAAGGUUGUGUGAUUAUGCAGACAUGAUAAAACAGACUAAUCCUGGUAGUUCAUGUUGGGUGAGGAUAGACAGGAAAUCUACUCCACGAAAGAAUAUGUUUGUUUACUUUUAUGUUUGUUUUGAUGCAUUAAAGAGAGGAAUGGAAAUCAACAAAUGUUUCCAAUUGCUUGGGCAGUUGUUGAUCAAGAAACAAAGCAUCUUGAUACAAGAUCUAAACUUAGGCACUGGACAUGGAUUGACUGUGAUGUCUGAUAUGCAAAAGGGUCUUGUAGCAGCCAUAAUGGAGUUGCUGCCAGAUUGUGAGCAGAGGAUGUGUGCUAGACACAUCUGGUCCAAUUGGCAGAAAAAUUGGAGAGGAGAAGAAAGAAGAAAACAAUUCUGGAGAUGUGCAAAAUCAAGUUUUGAGGUAAAAUUUCAAGAUGAAAUGGAUAAACUUGAUAAACUUGGUAAUAAGAUCUGUGGAGACUUGUUACAUUAUGAAAAAAAGACAUGGUGUAAAGCAUAUUUUAAGGAGCAUGCUAAGUGUGAUAUUGUUGAGAAUAAUAUGUGUGAGACAUUUAAUUCUUGGAUAUUAGCUGCUAGACAUAAAUCAAUUAUCACCAUGUUAGAGGAGAUUAGACAUAAGAUAAUGGAUAGAAAUGUUGAGAUGAGAAAAUUUGUUGACACUUGGAUAUCAGACAUUUCUCCUAUGGCAAGUUUAGUACUUGAAGAAAACAAAGAUUAUGCUAGAGAUUGUCAAGUUAGGUUCAAUGGCCAAUUUGGAUAUGAAAUUUUAGAUGGUCAUUAUAGGCAUAUUAUUGAUAUCAGAAAGAAGACAUGUACUUGUAGAACCUGGCAGUUGAGAGGCAUACCAUGUCAACAUGUUGUUUUGGCUUAUCAGCAUGCAGGCCAAGACCCUGAAGAUCAUGUUGUACAUUGGUAUAGAAAAGAUACUUUCAUGAAGGCUUAUAAUUACUUUAUCCAGCCAAUACCUAAUAUGAAAAUGUGGCCUCACACUAACCACCAAAAUGCAGAAGAAAGUCAAAGGAUGAGCUAA